AUGGAAAAUUCAAUUCAUUACUUAAAACGGGCAGGAAAAAUAUCAAUUCAUGAAAAAAUAAGGAGAGGGAUUUGUAUUGAUAGGAAAAUAUUAGUUAACAAUUUUAUUAAAGAUAAUAAUAAAUUGAAUAUAUUAGAUAAUAUAAAUUUUAAGAAUGUUUUAAAUAAAAUUGAAGUUAAUAGUAGCAGGUUAAAUGUAAAGGGAAAUAACAGAAAUAUAUUUAAAGAUAAAAAAUGUUACAUUAGUGGAAAUUAUAAUUUUGAACAAACCUUAAAAUCUGUAGACAAAUUAAAAAAUAGUGAUAUUGAAUAUAUCGAUGGGGUUUUAGAAAAAGUGAACAAAAUAAAUGAUAAAGAUGAAGAGGAUGAUAGAUGUAUUCUCGAAUUAAAAGGAAUAUCUAAUAAUGGUGAAAAUAUUUUAGAAUAUACUAAUAUGUGUAUAAAAAUAUGUAAAAAAUUAUUAAAAGAUAUAUUUAAGGAAAAUAAUAUAUAUAUAAUUAUAAAUAUAAUAGACACUGUUUCAAAUAACCUUUGUAAAUUAGGUGAUGCUUUAGAAUUGUUAAGAAAUUUACACAAUAAUAAUAAUGUAAUUUUAAAAGCUCAUGAAGGUUUAGAAAAAUUAACAAAUUUUAUUGAUGAAAUAAAUGUUAAUGAAAAUAUUUAUAAUUUUUUAAAACAAAAAUAUAAUGAUAAUAUAAAUAUAUUAAAUAAUGAACAUAAAGAAGUUUUAGAAAAUAUGAUUCAAUCUAUGGAAAAUCAAGGUGUACAUAUUAAAGAAAAGGAGAAAAAAAAAGAAUAUUUAAAAUUACAAGCUCAAGAAAAAUAUUUUUCAUUUCAUGCAUCUUCAAAUUUUUCUACCAAUUUGGAAGGAAUAUAUAUUGAAAAAAAUAAAUUACUACCAUAUAUAGAUAAGAAUAUAUUAAUUAAAUAUGAAAAUAAAAUAAAACCUUUAUAUAAAAAUAAUAAAAUAAAAAAAAGCUAUUUUUAUCCUACUAAUGAUUAUAUAUAUAUUUUACAAGAUAGUUCUUUUUUAUUAACACUUUUGGAAAAUAUUCCUGAACCAAAAUUAAGAGAACAAAUUUAUAAUUUAUUUAAAAAGACAAAUAAAGAUUUUCAAAAUAAUAUUUUAAUUUUACAAUAUUAUAGAAAUAUGUUAAUUAAUUAUCGAAAUUUUAAAAAUUAUAAUGAAUAUGGCUUAAAAAAUUGUAUAUUAAGUUCUCCUGAUAAAGUUUUAUAUUUUUUAGAAAAGGUUUUUAGAAAAGUAUUGCCACUUUUUUUUGACGAACUAAAAUUCAUAGAAAGAUAUAUUAAAUUUUGUGAAAAUAAAAAUCACAAUAAUAUAUUUCCAAAAAAUGAAAAAUAUGAAAAAGAUGAAAAAAAUGAAAAAAAUGAAAAAUAUGAAAAAAAUGAAAAAUAUGAAAAAAGUGUCGAAUGUAAGGAUGAUAAUAGUAAUAUAUCUUUGGUAACUCCAGAAAAUAUUUUUUAUUACAUUAAUAAAAUAAAAAUGGAAAAGUUAAAAAAAAUUCAAGACAAAUUAAAUGAGCAUUUAACUUUAUAUGAUGUUUUAAGUUUUGUCAUAAAAAUUUUAAAAAAAAGUUAUUUGUUAGAUAUGAUAAGUGUAAUUCCAAAAAAAGGGGAAUUAUGGGAUGAACAUAUCUUAAAAUUUGAAAUUAAAAAAGAUAAUCAUAUUUAUGGAUAUAUAUAUAUGGAUUUAUUUGAAAGGGAAAAUAAAAAUCAAGCAAUAGCACAAUAUACAGUUAGAUGUUCAAAAAAUAUGAAUACUUGUUUGAAAUAUAAAUGGUUUAAUGUGAAUGAUGAAGUUAAUUUUCCAUUUUUUUACACAGGUAUUAUUAAAAGUGAGAUAAAUAAUAAUGUAUCUAUUGAUUUUGAACAAGAUGAGAAAAAUGUUUUAUAUAGACAAACUACAUCUACUUUUUUAGUUUGUAAUUUUAAAAUCGAUUUUGAUAAAAAUGUAGAGAAAAAAAGUGAAUCCAAAGAAGAUCUAAAAUGUAGUUUAGCCUCUGAUAAAAUUACAAAUUUUUUAAAAAAUAUUAAAAUGAAUUUAGAAAAAGUUAAUCUAUUUCUUCACGAAUUUGGACAUACAUUACAUUGUAUAUUAAGUUCAACAUAUUUACAGCAUUUAUCAGGUAAUAGAAGUGGGGCAGAUUUUUCCGAAUUUUCAUCUCAUUUAUUUGAGGAAUAUUUAAAUAGCCAUGAAGCAUUAUCUAUGUUAUAUUCCCAAAAAAAAGAUGAAAAUGAAAUAAAAAAUAUGAUAUCAAAUUAUGUUAAAAAUAAAAAUAUUAUAUGUUAUUACCCAAUUAUUCAACUUAUUAUACAAUCUAUUAUUGAUCAAAUAUUUUAUUCUUUAUCUCAUAAUUCAAAUAACAUGAAUGAAAGAAAAAAAUUAAUAGAGAAUGAAAUAAAAACAUAUUUUUUAGGUCUAUACUAUAAAAAUAUUUUUAUAUUAGAUUUUUUUCCACAUAUUCAUUUUUCUAAAACAACACAUUUAAUUCAUUAUCCUUCAAAUUAUUAUUGUUAUUUGUAUUGCUCUAUAUUGGCAAAAUAUAUAUGGAACCGAACUUUUAAAAAUGAUUUAUACAACUUAGACUGUUCGUCUCGCAUCGUCAAAUUUCUAGAGGGGGGCUCUGUCAAUUCGAGCUUGCGAAAUAUCAUAUCCUUAGUCGAAACAGAUCAAGAAAAAAUCGAUUACUACACGGAAAACCCUCACCACAUUCCGUUGGACGAUUUUUUUGAAUAUUACCAAGAAGGAGAUAAACAAAAGAAAUAUGAUUCAUUUUUUUGUUCAAUCAUACCAUCAUAA